CCCACACCUCGAGACCCCCACGUCCAGGCCGAGGUCCUUAUAAAGGGGGGCCUGAGGCCCGCUCCAGUGGGGGGGGAAGAGGAAGGAGGAACCUCUGAAUGUGUCUUGGCCCAGCCCAGGCUCCCUGCGCCCAGGCCCUGUGGGGUAGGAAGUUCCACCCGAGCCAAGUGGGGCCACCCAGCCCCGCCCCAGGAGCCGCCCUCUCCCAAGGGGCAUAAACAGCCCAAGCCUCACAGAGAGCCUCCUAGAGGAGACGACCUGGCUUCUGGGAGGCACAAGACAGCUCUGGGAACAAUGGCAGCAGUGACUCGGGCCAGCUUGGGCCUCAUCAUCUUCCUGCUCUCGGCGCUGCCUGUUCGUCCAGGAACUGUGAAGGAACGGGUGAUCAUGAAAACUGCAAAGCUGAAGAGUCAAGGGAAGGACUGCUCCCAGAUCUGGGUGGACAAUCCAAUGGCCCCAAGUGGUGUCUAUGCCAUAAAGCCCGACGGGGCCCCAGCUGCCUUCCAGGCUUACUGCGACAUGCGGAAAGAUGGCGGCUGGACGGUCUUCCAGAGGCGGACGGGGGGCAACGGCAAGCCUUUGGAGUUUAACCGAGCCUGGAGGGAGUAUGACCAAGGCUUUGGGGAUGUGGAAGGUGAACACUGGUUGGGCCUAGCCAACAUUUACCUCCUGACACACCAGCCUGGCAUCCUUGCCCAGCUGCGUCUGGAUUUGCACAACUUCCAAAACGAGAGCCGCUAUGCCCUGUACAAUUCCUUUCAAAUCAGCGAUGAGGCCAGUUUCUACCGCCUGAGCCUGGGCAGGUACUCGGGAAAUGCAGGAGACUCAUUCCGUGGCAAAAAUUGGUCCGGAGCAGCCUCCCAGGAGGGCAGUGCCUUCAGCACCCUGGAUAGGGACCACGACUCCUGUAACCCCUGCAUCAGUGGUGAUAUAGCCUUCAAUGACUGCAGUCACUGGCAUGGGGAUGCAGGCUGGUGGUUCAGUGACUGUGGGGUGGCCAACCUCCAUGGAGACUGGCACCCUGAAGAGGACCACAGAGGCUGGGGUUCUGACCUCCACUGGGAAACCUGGAGCUCAUUUGAGUCACUAAAGGCCACUGAAAUGAAGGUGAAAAUUGUGAGAGCAUCAGCAACCAAGGCGUAGGAGCCCUACCAGUUGCCCUGGGAGCCAAAUUCAGCAAAGCAAGCCAAAUCAGAAACAUGGAAUGCCCAGGAUGCCAUUAGGAGUGAUCUUGGGGGUGAUCGUGGUGAACAAAUGGGAUGGAGAAAUUGGGGGGCCAGGGUCUGGGAGGCCCAAAAUUUCUGCUAUAGAUGGUGGGCAAAUGAUCAAUAAAAGUUUAUAAUCUUA